AUGGAUCCCUCACAGGUCAACAUCCCCCCAAUGAAAAAUUUAACAGUCGACAAUAUUACAGAAAAUGUCCACACAAUCAACUCUCUCUGCGAAGACCAGCGUAUGAAAUACAUCCUCGAACGCCUAGUAACUCACCUCCACGACUUCGCCCGCGAAACCCGCCUCAGCACAGAUGAAUGGAUGACAGGUCUCCGCUUCCUAACGGAAGUAGGCCAAAUCACCACCGAAGUCCGUCAAGAAUUCAUUCUCCUCUCCGACGUCCUCGGUCUCUCCAUUCUAGUCGACUCUAUCGAUCACCCCAAGCUUCCCGGUUCCACAGAGGGAACUGUUCUGGGCCCUUUCCACACCCAUGAUGCGGAGGAGAUGCCUGCCGGCGACUCAAUGUCGCAUGAUCCGAAGGGUGAGCCUUUGCUGGUUGUUUGUACGUUGAAGGAUAUGCAGGGAAAUCCUGUUGAGGAUGUGAAGAUUGAUAUUUGGGAGACGGAUUCGUCGGGCCAUUAUGAUGUGCAGUAUGCGGGGAGAGAGGGACCGGAUGGCCGGUGUAUUAUGCGCUCUGAUGCGGAGGGCGUGUUCUGGUUCCAUGCUAUUACGCCUGUGCCAUACCCCAUUCCCCACGAUGGCCCUGUUGGGCAGUUGUUAAAGAAGUUGCACCGUCAUCCAUAUCGCCCUUCGCAUAUGCAUUUCAUGUUUGAGAAGCCGGGCUACGAUCAUUUGAUUACGGCUCUCUAUCUUCGUAAUGACCCCUACGAGACCUCUGAUGCUGUCUUUGGUGUCAAGGAUUCUCUUGUCGUGGACAUUGGAAAAGCUGGUCCGGAACUCGCCAAGAAAUACAAUGUGCCCGAGGGCCAUGCGUUGCUCACCUACGACUUUGUUCUGGUGUCUGAUGCCGAGACCUCUGAAUUGCGUGCAAAGAACUCGAAGAUUGCGCUUGACAAGCUUGGCCGCAAGGUGAAGAUUGUGAACGGUCUCCCAAUUCCGGAUCUGGAUUAA